UUCCAAUGUUGUUGUAGAGCCGCCUCGUCUUUAAGCCAGCCUCUCCCUCCGGCUGCCAGAGAGUGGGAAUCGGAGAUCGCGAAGAAUCUUUCGAAGCCAUGGUGAAGUAUUCGAGAGAGCCUUCUAACCCUACCAAGUCUGCCAAGGCCAUGGGUCAUGAUUUGAGGGUUCACUUUAAGAAUACUCGUGAGACAGCUCAUGCGAUUAGAAAGCUACCCUUGUCAAAGGCCAAAAGGUACCUUGAAGAUGUAAUAGCUCACAAGCAGGCUAUUCCCUUUCGGAGGUUUUGUGGUGGUGUAGGACGUACAGCUCAAGCUAAGGGCCGGCACCCAAAUGGGCAGGGCCGGUGGCCUGCGAAAUCAGCCAGGUUCAUUUUGGAUCUUCUCAAGGGCGCCAAAAGCAAUGCUGAGGUGAAAGGUUUGGAUGUUGAUGCUCUCUUCAUAUCACACAUCCAAGUGAACCAAGCACCAAAGCAGAGGCGCAGGACUUACCGCGCCCACGGUCGAAUCAACCCUUAUAUGUCCUCCCCGUGUCACAUUGAACUGAUCUUGUCAGAAAAGGAAGAGCCUGUCAAGAAAGAGCCGGAGACCCAGAUUGCUCCCAGUAAGCCCAAGAAAGCUUGAGCAAUUGAUUAGAAGUGGAACAACUUCUCAGGCAGAAGUUUUGUGAAAGAUACUCUCAUUUGAUGUUUGAAUUUGCAGUUUACUUUCUUUCAUUGUGGUGUUGAACGUGUCUUCAUGAGUCUUUGGUGAACAUUCCGGUUGUUUUGUUCAAUGCAGAAAAUAUUUUGAAGGAUUUAAUGA